AUGAAUGCAGCCCACCAGGCUGCUCUGUCCAUGGGAUUUCCCAGGCAAGAACACUGGAGUCGGUUGCCAUUUCCUUCUCCAGGGGACCUUUCCGACCCAGGGAUGGAACCUGCAUCUCCAGCAGAGGUAGGCCUGUUCUUCACCACUGAGCCUCCAGAGAAGCCCCCAGAUACUUGGGUCCUAACUCUAAUACGAUGUGAUGAUGCUUUGCUGGCUGUACAAACGAUAUUUUAUUGGGGUGCAGUUCUACUGAGGGUUAGUGGUGUCCUGCGUUUAUUGUUCCAUUGGCUACACAUUUUCUUCUGA